AUGUUUUCUUCCACCAUCAAAAUUUCCUCAGUUAGUGACUACAUAAUACCAAGUUAAGAAUGUAUCAAACCACUUAUGAAAAAUGUAAAACUUCAACUUGAUGACCCUUCUAUUUAAUUAAAACCUAAUUUGAUUAAAAAUUAGAAUAAUGUUGCUAAAGUCUCUUUACAAGAUUGUCUUGCUUGCAGUGGAUGUGUUACUACUGCAGAAACUAUAUUAAUUUAAACCUAGAGUCUUGAUGAGUUUUUGUAAGCAAUUAAAAAACAUCAAAAUCCUGCAAUUGGGAUUAGUCCUUAAUCAAGAGCCUCCUUAUCUUAUGUAUUAAACUUUACAGAUUCUGAAAUGCAUUCGAUUUUGCAUUAACUAUUCUAAGAAUUGAAUGUUAAAUUGUAUGACAUGAGUGAGUACGUGAAAAUAGCUAUUAAUAACUCAAUUUAAGAGUUCAAAUAAACAAAAAUAACACCAUUGCUUUGUUCAGAAUGUCCAGGAUGGGUGUGUUAUGCUGAAAAGACCUUGGAUGAAUCUAUAAUUAAUCACAUGAGUAAGGUUAAGAGUCCAUAACAAAUUUUUGGAGCAAUCCUUAAGAAAAAUCACGAUUACAUUGCUACUAUAAUGCCAUGUUAUGACAAAAAGCUAGAAGCUGUCAGACAAGAAAAUAGUGAAGACAUCAAUAUUGUUCUGAGUACUAGGGAGAUUGAGUAAUACAUAAAGGAUUACAUUCAGAAAUCAUAGAUUACACCUCAAUAAAUUCAACUUUCAACUAUGGCGAUCAAUUUUUAAGAAUAUCAUAAUAUUUCAUCAAACAAUUACUUAGAUUAUAUAAUCUAAAGUACUGUGAUGCCAAAUUGGACUGUCAAAUAGAACAUUAGGAAGAACAAAGAUUUUAUUGAAAUUACAAUUUACAAUGAAGAAAUGGUAUUAUAAAGCAUUUAUGCUCGUGUUUUUGGUUUAAAAAAUAUAGCAAAUUUAAUUUCUUAAAUCAAAACAAAAACAUGUAAAUACAAAUACGUUGAAAUCAUGGCUUGUCCAUUAGGAUGUCUGAAUGGAGGUGGACAGAUUCAAAUAUAAAAAAAUACUGAAAAAGCUAAUGAUUUAGUAAUUUAUAUUUAUUAUCAUUAGAUACCAAAAUUAAAAGAUAUAAUGAUAUCUUAAAAAAUAUAAUUGGAAACUACAUAACAAAAUGAAUAGGAGAUGUAUUUGACUCAAUUCAAGCAUAUUAAGAAUGAAAGCAAUUUUUAAUGGUGA